AUGCGGAUAGUAGUCGUCGUCCUUUUUUCCGUUCUCUUCUCGACGUCCUCCACGUCAAAGUGCCGCGAUGGAGUCCACAACGUCAUCACUAUCGAUUCGUACGGAAACGGUGAGCUUGGAAUGAGUUCUUCUUUAAUAAUAAUCGUAUUUAUUCGUUCAGAAACCUUGCCAAUUGAAGUGAGGAACAUCACAAUCCACGUGUACGAUCACAAGAUGAAACCGUCGUGUCACAAGAAGAAGGUGAACGUCGUCAUGCCCGGAUUCUUUGUGAUCAAAGGCGGCGAAGUGGACACGUCCCGAAACUUCAACGUCGUCAAAGACGGAGCCGUUUCCGUGAGUGUCUCGCUCGACGGAGAUCACAUUUGUCUGAACGGACACUCGGACAUGUUCAUCGUUCCCGAUUCGAUAUGGCCAGUUCUUCACUUUCCGCUCUCUUUCAACGUCUUCUUCUCUUUUCAGCAGUUUCGAGAUGUGCACCUUUGUGCCAGUGGAUAUCUGCAAAACAUUGCAGACGAAGGGUUUGCAUACUCUGAAGGAACUCGAGGAGAAGAACUCGUUCAACUCGACUCUCGAGCUCCCGCCGUCGCCGAGUUUUCUUGGAAUUUCCCUUCUGGACGUGCUCAAUGUGAGUGAUUCUCUCCAGAAUACCUUCAGAAUUCUCCAUUUCAGGGCAACUACCGUAUCAAAAUCUCGAUAGCUUCGGAAGGAAAGAAGAUUGUGGAAUUCGCCCUGCCAACGGGUUAUGUCGAUCUCAAAAUGGGUCUCAGCGAGACGGACGAUGAAGAUUAG